AUGGUCCACACCCACACCCUCGCCGUCGUGGCAGCAGCUCUCCUCGCCGCCAUCCCCGUCAAUGCAGGUCUCUAUCCUAAGAGCUCCAAGGUGGUCCAGCUCGACAGCAAAAGCUACGACCGCCUGAUUUUACAAUCCAACUAUACCUCUAUCGUCGAGUUCUACGCCCCGUGGUGUGGCCACUGCCAGAAUCUUCAGCCCGCCUACGAGAAAGCCGCCGUGAAUCUGCAAGGCCUGGCCAAGGUCGCCGCCGUCGACUGCGACGACGAGAGUAACAAGCAGUUCUGUGCAAAAAUGGGCGUCCAGGGCUUCCCCACCUUGAAGAUCGUGAAGCCGGGAAAGACGCCCGGGAAGCCAAUCGUCGAGGACUACCAGGGACCGCGGACGGCCAAGGGCAUAGUCGAUGCCGUUGUCGACAAGAUCCCGAACCUGGUGAAGCGGGUGGACGACAAAUCGUUGGAGGGCUGGCUGGCGGAGUCGAACGACACGGCCAAGGCGAUCCUGUUCUCCGACAAGGGCAAGACGAGCGCAUUGUUGAAGGCGUUGGCGAUAGAUUUCAAGGGCAGCAUCCGUGUGGCGCAGAUCCGCAAUACAGACAAGGAGAAGGCAUCGUUGGAGCUGUUCGGCAUCAACAAGUUCCCUACUUUGUUGCUCUUGCCCGGAGGCAAGGAAGCAGAAGGAAUUGUGUACGACGGCGAGAUGAAAAAAGACGCAAUGCUCAAGUUCCUGUCUCAGGCUGCAGAGCCGAACCCGGAUCCUGCGCCGGCCAAGGUCAAGGUUAAGAGCAAGGAGGGCAAGAAGGCGAGCAAGGCCAAGGAGGAAUCCAAGAAAUCAUCCGCUGCGCAGGCUGCGGAAGAGGGCAAGACGGGAGAAUCCAGCGCCACAGAUGAGACGAUCCCCGAGGAGGCCGCGGAAUCACCACUGCCUAUCGUCGAAGGCGAGAAGCCUGUCCAACCCCCCGCUGCACCACCCAUCCCGGUCCUGGCCUCGCCCGAAGAGCUCGAGGCCGAAUGUUUGGGUCCCAAGACGGGGACUUGUGUUCUCGCUAUUCUCCCAUCUUCGCCCGACGCCGUCGCCGUGGGUGUCAUCACUCACUUGUCCGAGAUUUCGCACAAGCACAAGUUACAUGCCCGCCAGAUAUUCCCAUUCUACGCCGUAUCAUCGGCGAAUAUGGGAUAUGCCAAAGUCAAGGAGGCACUGAAGAUUAGCAGCGAUACGGCAGUCAUUGCCAUCAAUGGACGUCGUGGGUGGUGGAGGCAGCUGCCGAGUGGGGAGACUAUCACCGAGCAGGAUGUCACUGAGGAGGCGAUCGAGAGUUGGAUUGACGCUAUUCGUUUGGGCGAGGGUGCCAAGCAGAAGAUUCCGGAGGGGUUAAUUACCGAGGCUUCCGAGCCCGUUGUUGAGGAGGCAGCACCAGUUGAAGAAGCAGAGCCAGCUAAAGAAGCUGAGCCGGUGGUCGAGGAUGCCCAGGAGCCCAUUGUUGAGGAGGUCAAGGUCGAGAAGAUCAAGGUCGAGGAGGUCAAGGUCGAGGAGGAGAAGACCGAGGUGCACGAUGAGCUUUGA